AUGGUCAACGUUUUCCCAUACGAAAUAUUUCUCCUCAUCGCAGAGAACCUACCCACAGAACGGGAUGUUUCCGCUCUCAUGCGAACUAAUCAUGCCCUUUAUGACUUGCUAAUCACAUAUCUUUACAAGCGAAACAUUCGCUCAAAGCGCCCGCCUCUUUUCUGGUGCUCUUCAAAUGGCCUCCUGACCCCAGCCAAACGUAUGCUGUCAUUGAAAGCAGAUGUAAAUGCCUACAAGCAUCUCACUUUGGGAGAAGCUACGCCAUUGAUGGGAGCCGCGAGAGAGGGGUAUGUGGACAUGACAAGGUUACUCCUCGAGCACGGCGCCCAAGUCGAUCUUUGCAAUACGGAUUGGGGACCAUGUGGACCUCCGUUGACAUUGGCCGUAGCUGAAGGCAAGGACACCAAUUUCCGCCACCCGAGGGAGAUACAAGAUUAUUGGAGCUCAGACGAGGAACCUCCUGGAGACGAGAUUUUUGACGAUGACACCAUGUUCGAUGUGAGAGUAGCAGAGAGGUCGGAGGACACCCGGGAUUACCAGGCUGUUAUCAAGCUACUCCUCGACCAUGGGGCCAAUCCGAACGAACACAGCUAA